AUGACAGACAUUCUCCACGUGCUGCCCGACUUCGACACCGCCAAGUUUGCCCAUCUGCUGCCCUCGCUCGACAAGGCCCUGAUCUCGACAAACGACCUCGUCACACUCGAGCCCGCCGAUGUAGCCAAGCGCGCCCAGGUUCCCGCGGGAGAGCUCCGCAAGCUCGUCGACGCCCUUGUGCUCGCCCUGCACCGGCACCUCGGUUUCGGCGCAGAGGAACCUCGCAGCAGCGCAUUUCUAUCUGCUUCAGGUCAUACUUCCGCCGCCCACACUAUAAGCACCUUGGACGAAGAGCUCGACCAAGCGCUACUGGGCGGCAUCCGUCCUGGCUACCUGGUCGAGGUCACUGGCGAAAGUGGUGCCGGGAAAACGCAGUUCCUCCUUACACUCCUGCUUGCGUCGCAGCUCCCUGCGCCUCGCGGCCUAUCCAAGACUGCCGUCUACAUCUCCACCGAGGCACCCCUUGCUACCAAUCGCCUUACUCAAUUACUCUCCGCGCACCCAUUGCUCGCCUCGCUACCGCCAAAAGAGAAGCCCUCGCUAUCGCGCAUACUGAGCAUUCAGACGCCCGAUCUCGAGUCUCAGGAACACAUACUUCGCUACCAGCUGCCGGUGGCUAUCCAGAAGCACAAUGUGGGCCUCGUCGUGCUGGACUCCGUCGCUGCCAACUACCGCGCUGAGUUUGAUAAGAUUAGCGUAAGGCAGGGCGCAGCUUCCAUGGCGAAGAGAGGUGCCCAAUUAGCGCAGCUAGGCGCUCUGCUACGCGGUCUGGCCCGCACAGAAGGAAUUGCAAUCGUCGUUGCAAACCAGGUGGCAGAUCGCUUCACUCGACCUGCGACCCUCAUCUCCAACCCUCCUUCUCGGACUAGUAGUCAGAACCAAGGAAUCGAACGCCAGGACACGCUGCAGCCGUUGACAAAUCAGGGGCCUCACUCAAUCCCACCUUCGCAGAGGGAAGACGAGAUAAUCCUAUCGCCAGAUCCCUUGGCGCUCGACCACCAGCAAUGUUGGUUCACAGGCUGGGGCGACAUCCGCUCCGAUCCGCCGCACACACUGAAGACACCAUCGCUUGGCAUCAUCUGGACGAACCAGAUCGCCUGUCGCAUUGCCUUGAACAAGCGACCCGUCUACGCGCGCCAACCGUGGGUUAUCUCACGUAACCCCGAGGAUAUUGGGAUUGAAGACGAAACCCACAUCUCGAAGUGGCGGCGGUGGUUCAAGGUCGUCUUUGCGCCCUGGGCUCCGCCAUCGGAGGGCAGAGGUGUUGAAUAUGAGGUUGUAAGCAGCGGUAUCCGCCAUGUAGUGAAAGAGAAAUAA